GCAGCGCUUCCAUGCUUGUGAGGGGCAGCGGCGUAGCCUGGCGCUUCCAUGUUUGUGAGGGGCAGCGGCGUAGCCUGGCGCUUCCAUGUUUGUGAGGGGCAGCGGCGUAGCCUGGCGCUUCCAUGUUUGUGAGGGGCAGCGGCGUAGCCUGGCGCUUCCAUGUUUGUGAGGGGCAGCGGCGUAGCCUGGCGCUUCCAUGUUUGUGAGGGGCAGCGGCGUAGCCUGGCGCUUCCAUGUUUGUGAGGGGCAGCGGCGUAGCCUGGCGCUUCCAUGUUUGUGAGGGGCAGCGGCGUAGCCUGGCGCUUCCAUGUUUGUGAGGCUCAGAGAGAGAGGAGGGGGAGCAGUUCUUCCUGAGGGAUCGCUCAUUUACUGCAGAAAGAACAUUAAAAAAGACGUCUUUCCAUCUCAGCCGGUGUAGGAUUUAAUUUGGGAGUCUUUCUUCUACGAUGCAGAAAGAGAGCACAAUGGAGUUCCUCUCCCGCCCUCACAGCAUCCGCAUCUCGGAGGUGACGUGCGACUCUUUUAGGAUCGACUGGGCGGCCGAGCCGGGGGACUCUGGCAGAGUGACGCACUACUUCAUCGACCUCAGCAGGAAGGAGGCGCGGGACCCCAACCGCUUCAAACACAAGGAUGUCCCGACGAAGCUGGUGACGAAGGCGGUGCCUCUGCCCAUGACGGUGCGCGGGCACUGGUUCCUGAGCCCGCGCACCGAGUACAGCGUGGCCGUGCAGACAGCAGUCAAGCAGCCUGACGGAGAGUACCUGGUGUCCGAAUGGAGCGAGGUCAUCGAGUUCUGUACCGGAGACUACUCCACGGCUCACCUGCAGCAGCUCCAGCUCAAGGCUGGCUCCAUCGCAGGGAGGCUGCGCCCGUUUACAGUGUUCUACCGGAACCAGACCCAGGAGUACUUCCAGCACAUCAGGCUGCAGUGUGGCGGUGUGAUGCCCCCCACCCUGAAGGACAGCAGUGGCAGCGUGGGCUCUCCCAUCAACGGGGCGCUGAGCGGGGUCUUUUUCAGCUGCAAUACGGAGUUCGACACAGGACUGCCCCCCAACGACUCCCCCUACGGGGCCGUGCGUUUCCAGAUCCCGGCCGGCCAGCUCUUCAGCCCCGACACGCACCUCUACUUCGCCGAUUUCUACUGCAUGUACACUCCCUACCACUAUGUGGUGCUGGUGCUGGCCCCGGGCGGCUCGGAGGGGGACUGCUUCUGCCAGGACCGCCUCCCUGAGCUUGACCCCGCCCACAACCCCUUCCUGACCCGCACCCAGCAGGACGGGGCGGAGCCGGUGUACAGCCACGCCCACGAUGUGAUCUUGGAGGUGGUGUUCGCAGCACCUGUGGCUCUGGCCCAUGGCAUGCUGGGAGAGAUCAGCGGGCACAUGCUGAUGAGUCAGACGACCGCCAACGCCAAGAAGGACCCCAGCUGCAAGACCUGCAACAUCAGCGUGGGCCGCUGAGCAUGCUG